GUUGUCAGAACGAUCCACGCCGGAUUGGGCGAGGCAGCGUUGCUGGGUCUCGGCCGCCGGAGCCCGUGCAAGGAUGAGAGCACCGGGCCGCUGGAGGCGCAGGUAACGGAGCAGGGGCGCACAAGGGCCGCGGCGGGGCUUCUUCCGUUACCCGCGGUGCUGAAUGGAAAGGACCGAGGUGACGCUGAGCCGCGGCUCCGAGCGGCGGGGCUGCUGUCCGAGCGGCAGCUGCUAGACGAGGAGGAUGUGUGGGGCCCGGACGCCGCGGGGGAGCUGAGAACCUUCGGGGCCCCAGACCUCCGGGGCCCGGGAUGAGCUAGCGAGGGCAGCUGCGGGGGCCAGUGCCGACUGCCACAGGCCGAGACGUCUCGACGGUCGCCGCCGGGCCGCCAGCCCCUUCGUGCCGAAGCCGCUCGCCCUCUCCGCGCCCGUCCUCCCGCGCGCUCAGCCCCGGAGACCAUGAGGUUCCGCAUCUACAAGCGGAAGGUGCUGAUCCUGACCUUCGUGGUGGCCGCCUGCGGUUUCGUCCUGUGGAGCAGCAAUGGGCGACAAAGGAAGAACGAGGCCCUCGCUCCGCCGCUGCUGCAGGACGCCGAACUCCCGCGGGUGGCGGGCAGUCGGGGUGGGGAGCACCCCGCGGUGUCAGUGGGCAUCCGCAGGGUCUCCAACGAUUCGGCGGCUCCGCUGGUCCCGGCGGCCCCGCAGCCCGAGGCCGACAACCUGACGCUGCGGUACCGGUCUCUGGUGUACCAGCUGAACUUUGACCAGACCCUGAGAAAUGUGGACAAGGCUGGUGGCUGGGCGCCCCGGGAGCUGGUGCUGGUCGUCCAGGUGCACAACCGGCCCGAGUACCUCCGGCUGCUACUGGACUCCCUUCGGAAAGCCCAGGGCAUCGACAAUGUCCUGGUCAUUUUCAGCCAUGACUUCUGGUCCACAGAGAUCAAUCAGAUGAUCGCCGGAGUGGAUUUCUGUCCGGUUCUGCAGGUGUUCUUUCCGUUCAGCAUCCAAUUGUACCCCAACGAGUUUCCGGGCAGUGACCCCCGAGAUUGCCCCAGGGACCUGGAGAAGAACGCAGCUUUGAAGAUGGGGUGCAUUAACGCCGAGUACCCCGACUCCUUCGGCCAUUAUCGCGAGGCCAAGUUCUCCCAAACCAAACACCAUUGGUGGUGGAAGCUGCAUUUUGUGUGGGAAAGGGUCAAAGUGCUUCGAGAUUACGCCGGCCUUAUACUUUUCCUAGAGGAGGAUCACUACUUAGCCCCGGACUUUUACCACGUUUUCAAGAAGAUGUGGAAGUUGAAGCAGCAAGAGUGCCCUGAGUGUGAUGUGCUCUCCCUGGGGACCUACACUGCCAGCCGCAGUUUUUAUGGCAUUGCUGACAAAGUAGAUGUGAAAACUUGGAAAUCCACAGAGCACAAUAUGGGUCUAGCCUUGACCCGGGAGGCCUAUCACAAACUGAUUGAGUGCACGGACACUUUCUGUACUUACGAUGAUUAUAACUGGGACUGGACUCUUCAGUACUUGACUGUAUUUUGUCUUCCAAAAUUCUGGAAAGUGCUGGUUCCUCAAGUUCCUAGGAUUUUUCAUGCUGGGGACUGUGGUAUGCACCACAAGAAAACAUGUAGGCCAUCCACCCAGAGUGCCCAAAUUGAGUCGCUCUUAAAUAGUAACCAACAGUACAUGUUUCCAGAAACUCUAAUUAUCAAUGAGAGGCUUACCAUGGUAGCUGCUUCCCCACCAAGGAAAAAUGGAGGGUGGGGUGAUAUUAGGGACCAUGAACUCUGUAAAAGUUAUAGAAGACUGCAGUGAGAAAUCAGUUCCAAAAAUUAAAAUGACAGUCUUCUGUUUUUGAUAUUCGUCCAAACAGGAUAUACAGUUGAAUAAAAGGGUUUAGGAACUGGUUUCUGCUUUAAUACAAAAAGAAAUUCUUGUAAGAGAUGUCCAAAUAUUGUAAUCUUUCUAGUUAUAUCGGAUUAAAAUUUAAAGCUAAAGUUUUCAUUUUAGGGUUGUGUCUUAAAGUUCAACCCCUAUGCUAAAAGUAAUCACUAUUGUUAAUUGGUAAGAGAGGAGGGGAAAAUAUUAAAUUGCAUCUAUUAAUCUUUUUAUCUGGAACUUUGUACUCUUUUCCACUUUUAAAACUUAUUUUAAAUACAGCAAAGUUUAUUUAAAAUGAUCACAAGAAUAAAAAGUUAUUACAAUGAAGUUGCUAGAGUAUUAACGGAACAAACUGUUUCACUCUUGACGUGGUUAUGUGGAAGGGCAUUCUUCACUGGUUUUAUAAUUGAAAAGUUAUGUUUGUUAAACACACUGUCAUAACAGCCAUUUUUCAGUAUUACAGAUUCCUGUAUUAUUGUGUUAAGAUUUGCCUGUGCUUUGGAACCUUCAUUGAACAUAUUUUCUUUGAAAUGUAUUUGAUAAGAAAGUUGAAACAUUGCUUUCACUUCAACGAAGAAAUACAAUGGUUUGUUUGGGUUUUUUUCCUCCCCUUUCUUUAGUGCUGCCAAAAUAAAAUACUUGUUUUUCAUAAAAAA